UAUAUGGACCUUGCUUUAUACGUUCUUUGAACGCUGUACAGUAUUGAACUUGAAAUUAUCAUGAGUAUGAUACAUAUUAUCUUCUUUGUUGUAUUUUCUUUAAUUGGGGCUAAUUGUUUGCAAUGUGUGGAUGAGACAAAUAACAAUGUUGAUUGGUAUGUUUUGUAUAAAAUUCCGCGUGAAAAUCAUUACAAUAAGUUAAUAAAAAAUGGAGAGGCUUAUCUAUAUAUGUCUUCAAACAGCAUGGGCAGUUGGAAGUUAUCAAACUUAUCUGUAAACUCGUCUUUGUCAUUCUUAGGAAAUUCUUUGAAACCAUUAUACAACACCAAAAAGAAUAAGCAAUUGCUACAUAUAUUGUAUAAUGAUGAACCACCAACGAAACAUCCGAAUUUGAAGAAAGGUCAUACUAAAGGAAUUGUUGUAGCAGAUAAACAAGGCGGUUUUUGGAUUGUUCAUUCAAUACCCCUAUUUCCACCACCUAGCGAUAACAGUUAUUUGUAUCCUCAUACUGGAAUGCAUUUUGGUCAAAGUGCUCUUUGUAUAUCAUUCAACGCGAAAAUUAUGAAUAAAAUUGGUGUUCAACUAAUAUUCAAUGAGCCUCAAAUCUAUUCAUCAAACAUUCCAACUGAUUUAGUCUCCAUUUAUCCAAAACUUAAUGAUGUAAUAAAUCACAAGAAAAUAAGCAAUGCCCCAUCUUUUCACAAAAGCAAAUUGAAUUCACUCCUUGGAAAAGGAUUUCUCUCUUUUGCUAAGAAUAAGCAGUUCAAUAAAGAUCUAUAUUCUGAUUGGGUAGCACCUAACUUGAAAGUUGGAAUGUAUGCUGAGACUUGGCUGAAUGGACCAGGAAAAUUAAUAUCUGACUGCAAUAAAUCAUACAGUGUUAACAAUGUAAGGGGAAUAAAACUGGAGAUGAUAAAUUUGAAAUUUAAAUCAAGUUCAGACCAUUCCAAAUGGGCUGUUGCAAAUAAUUCAGGAUCAAAUUGGAUUUGUAUAGGAGACAUCAACAGAGCAGAACAUCAACUGCAUAGGGGAGGAGGCACAGUGUGUGUUAAUGAUAAAAGGAUAUCUGCAGCUUAUAGGAAUAGCAUCAACAGUGUUGAACCUUGUUUUAUGUUAUAAAAUGAAACAAAUACUUGCUAUU